GCUGCGUAAAUUAUUCAGCGAAGACGCUGGAAACACUUCCUCUGAGGUGGAGAGCCACGGGCGGCAGAGAAAGUAAAAAACAAAACAAAACACAACAAGACAAGACAAAUAACAACACGAUUAACAGCAAGGAAGAAAAUAAGAAACGCAUUGGAGCGAGGAGCGGAAAAAAAAAAUAAACGUAAUCGCGAUCGGACUCGAAAACGGUGAAUUGGAAACUUCGGAAAAGAGGCAGGGAAAAAAAAAAAAAAAAAUUAAUAAUAAUGUCCUCUGCUGGUCAAGCGACUUCCAGACGGCAGUGGUGCUACCUGUGUGAUUUGCCCAAGAUGCCCUGGGCUAUGAUUUGGGACUUCAGCGAGGCGGUGUGCCGCGGUUGCGUCAAUUACGAAGGUAUUGACAGGAUUGAGAUUCUUAUCGAAACUGCCAGGCAGUUAAAACGAACUCACGUCAUGCAGGACGGGAGGUCUCCGGGGCCCCAGGCCGGGAAGCACGGCCCAGGCGGCAAAGAGGGCUCCCUGGAAGGAGGGAGGCAAUCCGUGGAGAGGUAUGAGAGAGGGAGAGGGGAAUAUGGGGUUUCCCAAAGGCUGCCCAAUGGGCUUCCCAGGCCUGAAGAUGGGGGGCCCGCAGAAGCAAGCAGACAGAGCCCCAAUCUUAGAAGGGGCAUCGUUGGGGCUGUGCCCUCCAGUCUGGUGGCACAGGGGCUGGUGGGCACCCAUCACGGCUUGCUGGCAGCGAUCCCGGGUUUGAAUACCAGGGGAGGAGGCACCUCUUUGACCAUCACCGGCCCGAUUUUGGGAGAAAUAGGCAAGCGAGGGGCCCAGGUGGCGCCGGGCCCCCUUGCGGGCGACUAUGAGAAGGAGCUGAAGGAGAAGCAGAGGAGCGCAGAGGCCCUGGCCGAGCUGUCGGAGAGCGUGCGCAGCCGGGGCGAGGAGUGGGCUGGCCGGCCCAAGCAGGUGCGCGAGACCCUGCUGGCCCUGUCCAGCUGCGCCCCCUUCAACGUGCGCUUCAAGAAGGACCACGCUGUGGCGGGGCGCAUCUUCGCCUUCGACGUCAAGCCCGGCCUGGAUUUGGAGCUCAAGGUCUUCACUGAGUACCCGUGCGGCUCCGGCAACAUUUUCUCCAGUCUCCUGGGUCUGGCCAAGCAGAUGUUCCACGACUGCAUGAAAGACACCGGCAAGGUCAUCAGCUCCGGGUUCAAGUACGUGGAGUACGAGAAGAGGCACGGCAACGGAGAGUGGCGGCUUCUUUCCGAGUUCCUGUCGGACCCGGUCCGGGCUUUCAAAGACCCCCCGGCCCACGAACUCUUCCCCCAGCCCUAUCUAGACCCCAGCUUCCCCAUGCUGCCAACCGCCUUGUGCGGGCUUGGCCGGAACAUGCCUCCCAGAGGGGGUGUGCGCCGCCGAAAAGCUUCACCGGAAUCGGAGAGCGGGGACGCGGGGAGGAUGGGGGAAGAGCACAGGCAGCACUGGCUCCCGGUUUCCUCGGGGGGCGUGUAUGCAGGCGUGCCCCACUUGCUGACCUCCGCAGCUGGCCAGCCCCAAGACGGGGAGCCCUCUCCCAUCACGGCUCUCAUGAGCGUGGCAGACAGCCUGGGCGCAGGGCAGUCCCCGAAAGACGCCACCUCUUCUGCGGCCACUUCCUCCGCCAACAGCAGCCUGGUCCAUUCCGCCCCGGCCGGGCAGCACCGAAGACUGGCCGGCUCUAGAAACGGAGACCAGCAGCAGCAGCAGCAGCAGGUCCAAGGACCUUCCAGUAACAGCAACAGCAGCAGCUCCCUCCCUGGAGCGUCCAGCAGUGAGCAGAGCACAGGAGUAGAAGCAUCAGGGGCCAGCGGCAUUCCACUCUGCUGCACCAUCUGCCACGAGAGACUGGAAGACACCCACUUUGUCCAGUGUCCUUCCGUGGCCAACCACAAGUUCUGCUUCCCCUGCACCCGGGAUUUCAUCAGGGCGCAGGGGGCGAGCGGGGAGGUUUACUGCCCCAGUGGGGAGAAGUGCCCCCUCGUGGGGUCCAACGUGCCCUGGGCUUUCAUGCAAGGGGAGAUCGCCACCAUCUUAGCAGGAGACGUCAAGGUGAAGAAGGAGCGUGACCCUUGAACACCCCACGGAGGAGAAGGAAGAAAUAUUUUUUUCUUGUGGGUAUUUUUUUUUUGUUGUUGUUUUGUAUUUCUGUAAUUUUGUUAGGGAUCUAGACAGACAGGUCUUCUUAAUUGAGUCUCUCUGAAGUCUUUUAGACAAUGUAGACUGUGGCUGUUGUUUUUUUUAAUCUUUGAAAGCAAAAAACAAAAAAAAAAACUGGACUUUUUUAAUUUCUGUCCUUUUUUUUUUUUGUUGUAGUUUUUUUUUUUUCCCCGUCUUCCUGAAUAACUGUGUCAUAUAAUAAUUUGUGUUGGAUCCGUUUGACAGCACCAGCUGCCCGGUUGGUGUUUUUAACUUUAGGUUUGGGAUGGGGUUUUGGGACGGGUGGAAAGGGAAUCCUGGUGAAUUUGACCGGAUGGGUACUUGCCCCCCGAAAUGUAAUUCAGAAGUUAAUUCAGUUUUUUUGUUUUUUUUUCUAGCUGCUGAAAUGAAUCUCCCCUAAUGUUUGUUGUGUUUGCUUUCUACUUCAGAUCUGUCUGUAAAUUUCUUUAAAAUUGGUUCAUUCGUAUUGCUGGGACAUACAUGGAUUUGUACCAUAGCUGGUGACAUCAUAUUAUCUGUUAAAGAAAGGGGGGCCAAGUCCUGGUAGAUAUUCAGUUCAGACAUCAUUAAUGCAUUCAUUUCCUCAGCAUCUUUUUCAAGCAGUUAUUUAUAAAUUCUGCUCUAUGAAUAAACAAGGUCAUUUCUGCCAGUCAAUACAUUGACCGCAGUGUUUCAUCCAGUGUGCCUCCCAGUACUUGUUAUUCAAUAUUUGUUUGUCUGUGUCCACCAAAAAUAUAACUAAGCCAGUUUCAAAGUGCAAAAUUCACUGUAUGUAUUAAGAGUUAAGAACUAGUGAGAAAAAAAAGAAAUUAACUUUGGUGCACCCAGAUCAACAUUCUGAGUUCUACAAAGAUACACUGUUACGCUUUCAUAGACAAACAGAUACUGUGGAUUGAUCCAACCUAAUUUCAAAAUACCACAGCCUCACACAGAGAUUUCAGUUCAGUGUGUAUAUGUGUGUAUAUACACACACACACACACACACAUGCAUGUUGUGGGGUAUCUAGCACAGAAAACAAAGCAUAGGGAACCAUUGUUAAUUACUUACGAGGAGCGAUAGAGCUGUGUGUUUAUUCCCUGAGCAUCGCUAUUUUAGAGACAUGAUCACAUUUGUGAUGUACAUGGGCAUUUUCUUAACAGCUUUACUAUGUGUGUUUCCUUACCAUAACUUAUCAUUUUGUAAUCAGUUUAUAAGCUGCAGUUGAAAUGUGUUUCUUGAAGUUAGUCGCAGUUAGUCUAGUGUGUGGGUAUCUGUCAAUAGGUUUUAAAAUGGAAUGACCAUUUCAAUCAGCCUUUUCACUGUCCAUUGCUACUCCACUCUGGCCCUCAAGGUGAUUCCAGUCCUGGUCUUUAUUCCAACCGGGUUCUAAAUUAGUUCACUGUCUCUUAACAGCUGCACCAGAACCUGUUUGGAGUAAAAACCUGGACUGGAUUCACGCCCAAGAGCAGGAGUUGAAUACCACUGAUCUCGCCCAACUUAAUAUGUUUUUCUGUGUCUGAAGGUGCCACAUGGCAGAGUGGUCCUCCGUGCUAUUGCGCUGGUAUUACAGUCCCCUGGAUGCUUUGUGUGCUGGACAAAGUGUUCCUGUCUUAGGAAAUUACUUUAUGACAGCAGCCUCAAAUUGAUUCAGUUCAUGUUGACAUUUUUGAAGUGAACGAAAGACUUCGUUCCAGACUCCCAGCCGGUCCAGGCAUUACCAUGAAACGAAUUGUUUAAACUAGCAUCGCAAUGCAUCCUGGUUAUUGUAGUCCGUCCUGGAUGUAUUAAAAAAGAGGCAGUCAAAAUGUACCUGUAUGCAUCGAGGAUGCGAGUUAAUAUCCCGUAUUGCUUGCUGCAACCCAAGCGUGCCAGCACAAUUACAGCCUGUCGUACACGCAAGUCCGUCAAAACUCGCUAAAGGGCGAUGUGGAGCAUCAUGUCAGAUUGCAUUCAAACUUCAAAUCGAAUAAAUAAACUGAUGCAUUUUUGCCUCAUGUUUCAAACAUGAAGGAACGGUGAAGAGGGAGAGAGGAAACAAUAUAUUAAAUAGAUAUCAGUCCAGGGAGGUCCAGUGUUUUUUAUUUUUAUUUUAUUAUUUUUUUUUUAAUUUCUAAAUGUAGACAGCAAGUGAUUGGUUUUGCUGACCAUAUUCUACAUUGAAAUUGAUAGCUGUGGCUUAAAUAAAAUUGCUCUAUUUUUUAAGCUGUCGGGCUACUGUAUGUUAUUCUCUUGUGAUGCUUGUUUAGUAAAUAAAACAUUUUGUAAAGACCAAAAAAAAAAAAUAAUAAUAA